AUCCAUAAUUAUGUUUGUAUAUAUAAUUAAUGAAUAGUAUCUAUAUUUCUUGAAGGUUUAGAAGAAAACAUGGAGAACAACACCAACACGGAUAAUGGUUCUUCUCAUUCAUGGUGGCUUGACAACACUCAUAAUAAUCGUCUCCAUCAAUCUCAAUGGCUGCAGUCAACUUUAUCAGAGUUGGAGAAGAAGGUAAAAAACAUAUUAAGUUUUAUUGAAGACGAUGGGGAUACAUUUGCAGAAAGGGCUGAGAUGUUCUACAAAAAGAGGCCUUUACUCAUUAAAUCCGUUGAAGAUCUUCAAGAAUCCUACAAACUUUUGGCUGGAAACUACCACCAGUUAUUGAAAAGAUAUGAAAAUCUACGUGCAUUUUCCAAAUUGGAUUCCCCCAUCUUUGCAAACCCUAACCGGUUUUCUCCUAAAGUACUUCAGAGUUGUGAUCACAACUUUGAAGAUGAGCUAAAGAAAAAGAGAUACGAGUUUUUUCAGUUUGCUGAUGAUUUAGAAAAUCGUUGUGAUGAGAUGAGGUUGAGUGUGAUGAAACUUGUUGAAGAUAAUUUAGAGCUGCAGGAUGUGCUGGUGAAAAGGAAUGAUCAGAAAAGAGAAGCCAUUAAUGAGUUGCGAGCUCAUGUGAAGAAGCUUGUUGGUGAGAAUUAUGAAUUGAAGAGUAAGUUAGCUCGUAUGGAAGCUGAUGUAAAGAGGAACAGAUCUCAAUUUUUGAGAGCAAAAGAUCUAAUUUUCAAGAAAAUUCUAAAUUAGUGGCUUAGAAUUAGUUAUCAAUAGUAGAAUACUUACCCCUUUUUAAUGUUACAUGAGGAAAAAUACUUUGUUUUUUACCCAAUAUAAUGAUCAAAUGUUUUUU